AUUUAUCCAAAUGAUAUAGAAGAUAAUAAUAGGUUAGAUAUACGGGCUAUAACGAUUUUUUCAUUUGUUAAAACGUGGAAUAAGAUUUCGUUUUUAGCACACAGAGUGUUCUGUGUGUGCUCACGGUACUUACAUACCCGAGUAUACGAAGCAGUAAACGAGCCUUCCUAAAGGCAUUAAGUGAUAAAGACACAUGGAAUUCAGAAUUGUUUUACGAUGAAUAGUGAUUUCGGUAUUGAUCUAUAAUAUAAGAAAGUGUACUACUCGAAUGAUUACGAUUCGUACAUGCCUGCGUGCUCGUUCGCCCGGCCAGCAUCUCACUCUAUAUUUGGCCAGUCGUCUCCAACAUAUUGCAUAUCUUGCCUUUUAUAAAUUUUUACUUUUUAUGCCGCAAACUUUUCCGAAGAGCUAUAUCAAAAGGAUACAAUGUGACGUUCGAAUCUAUACGUGUGACAGUAGCAUAGGAACUUUCAAUAAGAGUUCAGAAAUUUUAGCAUGUGCUUACCUCUCCUCUACCUUACAUUCUCUCUCUCUCUCUCUCUCUCUCUCUCUCUCUCUCUUUCUCUCUCUCUCUCUCUCACUCACACACACACACACACACACACACACACAUCACUUUGCUUUGCAAUUUGCAAUCGUUUCGAUGUCGCUUUAUUCGUAUUCUAUCCCUUUUGUAACAUUAAAUUCAUUAGUAGUUAGUAAUCUACUUUAGAAAUUAAAUAUUUUAUUAAUGGUAACAUUUUCGAAGUUGACAUUUUCUUAUACUUUCUGUCUCUGUCUCUCUCUCUCUCUCUCUCUCUCUCUCUCUUUCUCUCUCUGUCUCUCUCUCUCACUCUCUUUAUCUCUCUCUCUCUCUCCCUCUCUUCCCCUCCUCUCUCCCCCACUCCCCCCUUUCCUCGUUUCUCUCUACUAUCUGGUCAGUGGAAGUACAAUGUAUGAUGCAGCAGAUGUUUAAGCAAUUUGUUUUAAACUCAUUUCUAUAUUAGUGACAAUUUUUCCUUUAUCGAGUAAAAUUUUUACUGCAGACAUAUUAAGUAACCAUUCGACCGCAUUAAAUAGAUAAAAAAAAAGUGUAUAUAUAAUGGUACGUGUACAUGAAUGGGGACAUUGGGAAGCUCCCACCAGGGGCGGUUUAUCCGACCACCCCUGAAACUUUGGGUCCAGUUACGGUUGCGAUUGAAAGUAAUGCAUCUAAUAUAGAAUACAGCAUCAUGAAUGGAGCACAAAGUGGAAAUGAAUUAACCCUUGAUGCAGGUGUUAAUCUAUUGGAGCCUUCGUCGCAACAUGCCGUAGGUAUUGCAGGUGCAGUGGGAUAUAAUCGUGUAGAUGUUGCUACAUUAGGUGAUGUGUCAACUCCUCCAACCACGAUGGCAGAUCUGUCUGCUUCUGGCAUACCUCUGGAUCAACUCAAACAGAUGCUCUCUUCACAGCUUGAAUAUUAUUUUUCCAGAGAGAAUUUAGCCAAUGAUACAUAUUUAUUAUCGCAAAUGGAUAAUGAUCAAUAUGUACCCAUAUGGACAGUAGCUAAUUUCAAUCAAGUGAAGAAGUUAACAAAAGAUAUAAAGCUUAUAACAGAAGUGUUAAGAGAGUCUCCAAAUGUCCAAGUGGAUGAAGAAGGUCAAAAAGUAAGACCUAAUCAUAAACGGUGUAUUGUCAUUUUGCGUGAAAUACCUGAUAGUACACCAUUGGAAGAAGUUAAGAAUUUAUUCUCUGGUGAAGGAUGUCCAAGGUUUAUUUCUUGUGAGUUUGCUCAUAAUAGCUCUUGGUAUGUAACAUUUGAAUCUGAUGAGGAUGCUCAAAAGGCCUAUAGGUUUUUACGUGAAGAAGUUCGAGAAUUUCAGGGAAAGCCAAUAAUGGCUCGAAUCAAAGCUAAACCAAUGAAUAGGUUACCAAUACCUGUUGUUGCUGGAGUAGGUGGCAUCAAAAAUGGGUAUAGAACUCCACCACCACCACCCGUUUAUGAUCCGAGUAGUUAUACGGCUGGACAACAACGCUUCCUAUAUACAAAUGGUACCACUAUGCCACAAACUACUAUGCCACCUUAUGCUAAUCAGGUUCAUGUUUAUCAUCAACCUUUUUAUCCUGCUGGAAUGAUGCCUUGGGGGCCAGCAAGUCCUGCUUAUUUCGAUAUGUCCAGUGUUUUCACAAUGAAUCGAAUUACCCCUCAUAGUACAUUUAAGCCUCAUAAUACAAGAUAUAAUCCAAGACACAGAAAUAAACAAAGAAAUGGUCCUGAAAGAGGUUGUCCAAUGGAUAGUGGAGGUGGAAUGGUACCUAUAGGUCGUACAUCACAUCCUCCAAUAAGCGGAGGACCAGUAUCUUUGGCAACGCCAUCUCCUACUUUUGCAUCCAAUUUACCUACGAUAAAACCCUCUUCUGUUUCCUGUCAGAGCGGCACAAAGUUCCAUUCCUCUCAUGCAGGUCUGUCUACUGCGGAAAUACAAUAUAACAGUAAUCACUCAACAAAAGGGCCACAAGAAAACGAUGUACAGACGUUGGAAACUGGAGUACAAUAUCCACGUCAUCGUAUACAUCGCCGGACCAAAGAUCAAGAUACUAUUUCCAAGGCUAACAACAAUGCUUUACCUUCGAUCAGGGAGUCCACUGUUAGCAAUAAUAACAACACACAAUACAAUCGAGGGGUACAAUUUGACUUGGAAGCUUCUGCUUUUCCUCCUCUUCCUGGCCUAGACGCCGACCUUACGAAAAUCCAUAAUACAUCUGUAGAGACUGUUAAUAACGACAGUUCACAGUCACAAAAUAGACUGUCAGAUGUGGUAAAGGGAACAGCAAAACUAAAAAAUAUAAAGGAGAAAGAUUCCGCGACUAAUUAUCAACAGUUGGCAAAUAGCAGUAGGCCGGCGAGUCCUGGAUCAAGCGCUGGUGGACAUAACACUGGUUUAUUAGAGGCUACCACUGGCUCUGGAGGUGCAAAUACACCUGCUGUACCCACAGUCUCAAUCUCCAAUCCUUCUGCUAGCAACACUGACUCCACAGACAUCGCCCUCAGCACCAUCACCCUCACUCCUCCGUCGUCUCCCGAUAAGUAUAGUUCUUUCUUACUGAAAUGCACCGCUGACAGAUCUAUAAAGACUGAUGACUUGAACAUGAUGAAUGGUGUGGAUGAGGCCAUAACUACAAACACAAAUGCAGCAGAAGAGUCUGAUCCAGUGACCAGGUGCGCUUGUAACAUCCCUACUGCCUCACAGAAUUCUCAGUUACAUACUGGAGUUACAUCUGCCUUUCCUUUAGAUGUUACAAAGCCAAGCUAUGCUCAAGUAGCACAACAUUGUCGUGACUUACCUUGUACAAAACAUAAAACAGAUGAAAAAGAUGGAAACAUCUAAACUAUUAAAUACUGCUACAAUGAAUUUCAAUAUUUAGCUAUAUUACCAUUAAUUUGGGUUGAGUGGAUUGAAUGCGCUACUGCUUUCAUCCUAAAGUGGAUGUGGUGGAAAACAAGAAAACUUUUUACAUUGUACAGUGACUUUGCCUACAAUGAAUGUGUAUUAACUAUGGAUCAUAAACAAAUUAUUUCGAGAGACAGCGAUUACCCUACAUUUAAGAGUUACGUUUACAGGCAGAACAACAUGUUGCAUAGAAGAAUAUUGUUAUUGUUUUGGUUCUGUAAUUUUGGAGGUACACAUUUGUUAGCUUGUAAAAAUAUUAAGCUAAUAUAUUAAUCUUUUAAUUC